AUGGGGACAGACACCGGGGACAUGGGGACAGGCAUCGGGGGCAUGGGGGCAGGCUCCGGGGACAUGGGGGCAGACACUGGGGACAUGGGGACAGGCAUCGGGGGCAUGGGGGCAGGCUCCGGGGACAUGGGGGCAGACACUGGGGACAUGGGGACAGGCAUCGGGGGCAUGGGGGCAGGCACCGGGGACAUGGGGACAGACACUGGGGACAUGGGGACAGGCUCCGCGGACAUAGGGGCAGACACUGGGGACAUGGGGACAGGCACCGGGGACAUGGGGACAGGCUCUGCGGACAUGGGGACAGACAAUGGGGACAUGGGGACAGGCAUCGGGGGCAUGGGGACAGACACUGGGGACAUGGGGACAGGCACCAGGGACAUGGGGACAGGCAUCGGGGACAUGGGGACAGACACUGGGGACAUGGGGACAGGCAUCGGGGACAUGGGGACAGACACUGGGGGCAUGGGGGCAGGCACCGGGGACAUGGGGACAGGCAUCGGGGACAUGGGGACAGACACUGGGGACAUGGGGACAGGCAUCGGGGACAUGGGGACAGACAGGGUGGGCAUGGGGGCAGGCUCCGCGGACAUGGGGACAGGCAUCGGGGGCAUGGGGACAGGCACUGGGGACAUGGGGACAGACACUGGGGACAUGGGGACAGGCAUCGGGGGCAUGGGGACAGGCAUCGGGGACAUGGGGACAGGCACCGGGGACAUGGGGACAGGCUCUGCGGACAUGGGGACAGGCAUCGGGGGCAUGGGGACAGACACUGGGGACAUGGGGACAGGCAUCGGGGGCAUGGGGGCAGACACUGGGGACAUGGGGACAGGCAUCGGGGGCAUGGGGACAGACACUGGGGGCAUGGGGGCAGGCUCCGGGGACAUGGGGGCAGACACUGGGGACAUGGGGGCAGGCUCCGGGGACAUGGGGACAGGCAUCGGGGGCAUGGGGACAGGCAUCGGGGACAUGGGGACAGACACUGGGGACAUGGGGACAGGCAUCGGGGGCAUGGGGACAGGCUCCGCGGACAUGGGGACAGACAUUGGGGACAUGGGGACAGGCAUCGGGGACAUGGGGACAGACACUGGGGACAUGGGGACAGGCUCCGGGGUCAUGGGGGCAGACACUGGGGACAUGGGGACAGGCUCCGCGGACAUAGGGGCAGACACUGGGGACAUGGGGACAGACAUCGGGGGCAUGGGGGCAGACACUGGGGACAUGGGGGCAGACACUGGGGACAUGGGGACAGACACUGGGGACAUGGGGACAGGCAUUGGGGACAUGAGGGCAGACGCCAUGCUGGUUGCAGCUCCAGUUCUAGCCUCUUACGAGUUUCCCAGUGCCUGGCGGAGGAGGUGGGCGGCCAGAGCCCCGUGCUGCUGGUGCUAUUGCUUGAAGCCGCUGAUGCCAGGCUCUGUACAAUACACACGUUCCCUGCCGAGAGGAGCUCUCGUCUGA